AUGGCAAUAACAGAACGGUUUAUAACUACUUGUUCACCUCAAAUUAAAGGAUCUUAUAAAACAAAUAAAACAGGUGUAUAGAAUGAAAAAUGUGAUAAAUAUAUUGAGUCACAUACAAGGGAUGAUAAUCACUGAUCUAGGGCAUUAAUUUGGUCUCGGUGAAUAUUAAUAAAUGGUAAAUAAAAUAUCAAAGGGGCAUAACAAGAAUAGCCAAGUAAAUCUCUAGAUUAAAAAUAUUCAUAUAACAUAAAACUAUGGAAGAAAUAGGAAUAGUAAAUUUUAAAAUCGAAUUUUCUUGAAAUUUAAAAUGUGUAACUAUUCUUGAUAUUUCUCUAGGUUCCUAAAUAGAAUAUGUUUAAUAUAUAUUAUUAAUUAAAUAAUUAAAAUUUAAAAAGGUUGCAUACAAAUAUAACAAUUGUUAAUAUUUCUUAACAGUCGAAUUAAUAAAAUAUGGCCUUAAUCCUAGUAAGUUUAUUCAUUGUAUCUUAUUAUAAAAUAAAAUUCUUGUAUAGAUUCAAAGUUAAUACUGUUGAUUUGUUGAGUAUUAUUAUUAUAUGGAUUUUUAAAUCAAAUUGUUUCAAGACAGCUUGAAAAAAUAAAAUUGUUUACACAAAACUUAUAAUUUUAAAAUAUUUAAUUUUGAUGAUAAAAAAAGCUGUCCUAGGAUAAUGGGGACGGGUGCAAUCACUAUUAUAGAUAGUAGGAAAUUAGUAGAGGGAAAACUUAAUGUAUAUUUAUAAGCAACAACAAACCAUUGUUAACGAUAAAAUAAUUCUGAACGGAGUUUCAGUUGAUAGUGUUACUUUGUCAACAAUAUACGAGUAUGUUAUAUUAUGGUAAAAUGAAUAUUACAUAUGCAUAAAAUAUUUUCUUUAAUAUUAUUUGUAUAAUAUUUUCUUGUUUUUUUUUACGUUUUUCCCGGUUUUAACAUAUUUUUCCUUGUUUUUCCCAUUUAUUGGGAAAACUCCUGAGACAAUCAAAAAAAAUGAUCACCCUAAAGUACCCCAGUCCAAUUCCUUUCAGAAAAAGUAUUAUUAUUGUAAAUCAAAGUGAUAUCUGUGAACAACUUUUCUACUAGCGAUUUUUCUCCGAUUUUCAACAUGAGAAAAACCGGAAAAAACCGUAGGAAAAUCAAGAAAAUGUACGCAAUUUAUUAUGUUUAAAAUAAUUUUAUUUUUAUUUUGUUUUGUUUUGCUUCAGUGAAAUAUAUUUAUAGAGAUUUGAAGUUUGAACAAAAAACUUAAAUUUGCUUUUUCUAGACGUGGUCAAAAUUUCAAAAUAUUAUUUGUAGCAUAUUAGACUGUCAUAUUGGUGUAAAAUAGGUACAAUAGUAUUAAACAAAUAUUAUUAAGGAAAAUAUAUUAUGCAUGUUAUGUUAUUAUUUUAUUAUAAUAUAACAUAUACAUUGUUGACAAAGCACACGAUUAACCGAGCUCAGAAUCGUUUUUUGUUAGUAAUUGUUAAUCAUUGCGUAAAGGUGUACAUUAAAUUUCUCCUCUACUUUCCUAAAUUAUUAUCUACAACAGUAGUCCAACCAUCGUACGAAGCAUGCCCGUCUUUUUUUAAAUUUAAAACUCGAAUAAUUAUUGCAGACAUGUUUAUCUAUGUCGACAUAAUGAAAUUUCACCAUUUUUUUUAUAGUGGUAAAGUAAAUAGCAAAAUGGUAGUAUUGUAUUACUAUAUAAUUUGAUUAAUUUUUAUUUUGCAAAGAAUAUUUUUAUUAUAUAAAACAAAUGGGUGAAAAUUGUAUUCUAGUGAUGGAGCUCUGCUGAUCAUUUAUUUUUUAUUUUAUUUUUUACUAUCUAAAAGUAAAAUUCUUACUAUAAACGCUUCUAUAAAAUCUAUACACACACUCAUAUAUAUAUAAUAUUAGGUAAGUAUAUAGAUUAAUGUGUUAUAAUUCAUUUUAGUAAACGAUGGAUUAGACAAUUACGCUAUUGUGUGGAGUAAGAAAAGUAAGAAAAAUUAGUUUUAAAAUCUACCUACCUACCUAUAGCAUGCACCACCGUAAUUUCCUGAUGAUCACUAUCAUUUUUUAAAUUAUUUUUCUCCUACUCUCUUUGUAUUUCAACACUACUUGUAAGUCCGAGUACUGAGUACGAAGCGGUAAUCUAGCUGAACUGUGUAUUGAAUUAAUCUCCUAUUGUAGCUGACAGGGACAAAUGUAGAAUCUUGGAAAGUAACCUCGCAGACUAUAGAAUUCCAAAAUUGUUUAUAGACAGAUUUUAUUUUUACGGAUUAUAAAAAUCCGAAAAAUAACUAACCAUACUUUCAUGAACCGUUUUCUUCUGAAAAAAUUAUUUAGGUGAACCGUACAGUCCUGUGGAAAUCCUAAAAUAUAAACCCACAACCGUAUUGUUGUGAAUCGUAUACUUCCGGAAUCCAAAUUUUUAGUAACCCUAACGCUUAACUUUCUAAGGAUUUUCAAAUAGCCAUACAAAUGUAACGACAUGCAAACAUGUAUACAGAGUGUCCCACAAAAAUAUACUCAUUUUAAUACCUCAUUUAAAUACGGAGAUAAUAAAGAAAAUCAAAUUCUGUUUUUUUAUAUAUUGCACACAGGGAUAACAACGAAAAAUAUUUAUAUUUUAAUUAAUUGUUAUGUUUUGGUAAAAAAAACUAAAAAAAUGAAUUUUUAUUUCAUUAUUUUUGAAAAAUUUGAAGAAAACUAUAGGGUUAUAGUUUUUCCUUCUGGAGAUUUUGAGUUUUCUACUUUGAUUUUCAUUAAAUUUGUGAUUUUUAAUAAUUUUUUAAAGUUCAAACAAAUUUAGGUAUUAUUACUUUUAUUAUUAUAGCUAAUAAUUGGUUGUACACUCUUAUAUUUUGAAUGUAACAAAGGAUGUAUUAGUUUUACAAUGAUGUUUAUUAUUAUUCUUUUUUUUUUUAUCAGUGAACAUUUUUCCUACCAGCAAUUUUGCUCCGAUUUAAAACGAUAGCACUUUUUCUGAAAGGAAAUUUUACUCGUAAUACUUAAGUGAGGUCAUUUUUUGAUUUUCUCUGGACUUUUCCCAAUAAAUGGGAAAUGUUUAAUGGUUGAGUACAGAUAUACAAUACAUUUCCCUUCUACUACCUUCUAGUUUUUUCACCUACAGGCUACAACAGUGGCCCACUCACGUGUGAAGUAUGACAGUCUUUUUUUUUGUAAAAAGUUUUCUACCAGAAAUAGCGGAAACAGCUUUUCCGUGUAAUUAUAUGUUACAGUUUGCGAUAAAAUAUUAAAAUUAAUCUAGCUUGAAUUACUUAAUAAUUAAUGGUGCGUGUGUGUGUCUGUUCUAUAGAUAAUUAAAAUCGGCCGAUUACCAUAAUCUUACAUGGCCGGCAUACGCACCCAAGCUCCGAUGCUACUUUCCAUUAUUCAGCAUAUUGUUAACUUUUCCAGAUUUUCUCCUAUGAAAACUAUAUCAUCUGAAAACAUUUUGCGCCAUAGUAACUCGCAUUUAAUUUCCUUCGUAACUUCAUCCUUUACAAUAGAAAACAGGUGAAGGCUCGUGGCAAACCCUGAUGCACAACUACUUCAACCUCAAAAUCGUCCAUUUUUCCACACACACAUUUUACAUUCGUAUUUGUAUCUCAUAUUCUCUAUUAAAUCUAUAUGCGACUUCGGACCUCGUUUUUUUAAAUUACGCAAAUAUUAGGAUUUCUCUUGGAAUCUCUUGUUAUAUGUCUAGACAUAUAACAUACGAUAAAUGUAAUUUUUUGUCGGGGUUAAAAGGUUAAUACAUAUUCUACUAAUAAAUAAUAAUUUACCUAAACAAUUAUGUUUAUGUAAAGCUUUACGCCCGUCGACCAUGGUUUUGUGAUUGACAGUAGCAAAUCAGUCAGGACAUAUUUUUGCUAUUUUAAAGUUUAUAAUAAUCAUAUUAUGUAAUUUACAUAUUUAUUAUUUUUGUCAAUUAUUUAGAAACUGAGUUUUUCAAUUGCACAGAAGGUAAACUAUGUAUACAAUUUAUAUUUGGCGAUAGACUAUAUUAUAAUAUUUAAAUGAAAUAAUAUAAGAAGGUUACGGGCGAACGAUAAUAGUAGUCCAUUUUUUUCAAUUUUGAGACAAUAAUAGUAAUAGUACUAUUUAAAGGUGUUUUUAGACUAUUAUUUAAUAUUAAGUUCCAGGUUUCCAGGUUUCAGUUGGAUAAUAUUAAAAGUAAAUAUUGGAUGAACUGGUUAAAAAAUAAUUUAAUCCGUGCAAUUGAAAAAAUGUAUUUUUCGCUGAACAAUUUUCAAAAAUGAACUACUCCUAAAAAAUAAAUACUCCUUUUGUGCCUUUCAUAUACUUCAACCAUAAAUUCAUUGAUACAAUUCAUGCAUAUUGAUAUUUAAUAUAUUCAUUAUGCAUGAAGUCAGUGGCGCACUCAAGCAUUUUUAAUGGGAAGGGAUGUAGCAAAUAAGAAUUGUGAAUAAAUUGUAAAACCGUCAUCUCCAUACAACUUGAUUAUGGCAAUUGGUAAUUUAAAGGCCGGAUACUAAAAAAGCCAUUUUCCUAUAAAUACAUUAAGCUUUUCCUUGUAACUUGGCUAAAAUAUAUGCAUUUCAAUAUUAACUUACUCAUACUUUUUUUGUAUUUUUAAGUCAACGAGGAGGGGAUAUAACCUCUUAACCUCCUCUCUCUUGCGCACGCCAUUGCAUGCAAUACUUUUUCUUCUCCUUUGACUUCAUUUCAACUAUUUAGGAACGACGAUUUUUUUUUUUUAUUAACGUCUUCAUCGGAACAAUUUUUAGCAUACUGUAAUAAACUUUCUCAAAAUCGGUUUUCUUUUUAUUUUUAUUUUAACUUAUGUAGAUUUAAGCAAAUCUUCUCAAAUUUUUGAUUGGACUAAACUCGGCGUUUUUUUCUUUUUCAUUACUGUUGCAGUUCACCAAAAUGACUGACUAGACCUAUCACCUAUUAGACCUUGUUUCCAUGAAAUACUUUCCAACUUCUCUCUCUUGGAUAAUACUCAUUCAGUUUCUCGAAAAACUACUCCCAUAUCUCUUUUAGAUCCUUUAAUACCCUUUUAUCUUCACUUUUUAUACAAUAUACACUUUACAAGAUUGUCCUCGUCUGGAAAAUGGUGCUAAAAUUAGGCGGCCGGAUCACGAAUUGAACCCGAGUCUUUCACUUACUAAGGAAAGGCUCUACCACUGAGUUACCUGAUACCUAACUUUUAACACUAUUCCUGCCGUACUUGAGUGGUUAAACGUGCCAGAUUCGGGCAGGUUGGUGAAGCAGCCGCGUAUAUGGUUGAAGGCAAAACGUGGCAUGUAGGAGACGUGUCAUGCCUCUCUCCUUAUAUUUAAUUUUCUAUCAUUCCACGUACCUAUUACUUUAUAUCCAUAUCUCGUACUCUGAUGUGAGUUCAGCCUAGAAUAUAGUAGCGAUGUCCCUACACUGUUAACACUACAUGAGUUGAGUAAGUCUUAACUGAUGGAACAGCGACCACACUUACUGUUCGAUGGUACCACACACUCCAUCGCUUAGAUCUCCUUCACCUCUAGCUAUGAAGAUUUCUCUCAUUUUUUGGGGUGAGCCAAAUAGCUUAAAUUGUGUUUAGGACUCUAGAUCCUGUUUGAUAGUAAUUUUAAAUCGACUAUCAACUUUACGCAAACUUAUUUGUCGCAUUAUAUGACAGGUUAAAAACAAGGUUUUUUUUUAGGUUUUAAAAAAUAAAUAUUAAUAAAAAAAAUAAAAAAAAAAAGGUCAACUCGUAGUUACAAGUUUUUAAAACACUUUUUGUAAUUACAUUAUUAUUAUUGUUAUCAUUCUUAUCAUUAUUCAUUACCUAAAAAUUACUUUUUAUCUACCUUAAUCAACUAUUAAUUGAGAAUUAACAAGAGUUAAUAAUAACUGUGCAGCCACCAGCCGUUAAUGUAGUUUGUUCAACUUUCAAUGUGUUUAUUUCAUGUAUAAAGGGUAACCGUCGUUUUCAAAACAUUUAAAGUUUAAUUAAACAGAAUUUAAAUAUAUUUUUAAAUCACAACUUAACAUUUAAGGCUGACAGUCAAAUAUUUAGUUAAAAAAUUCAUGUUAAUAGGUUAUAACGUAAAGAUGGAAAUUAUUUUUUUGAGCUCGUAGCCUUGAGCCUUGAGCUCAUACCACACGUGCUCUUAGUGUAAAAACGUCACCAUAAGUAAUAUCAAAAUACCAAAGAGGAGCCGACGAAAUAUGUCUAGCUCCCACUAAUGUAAUUAAUUAAGUAUUCAUAUACUUUAUACGGCACGUUUAAAGAAAGCAAUUUGUUUAAAUUUGUGUGACCUUUUUUAAAAUGUAUAUAUAACCCUUUCCCUCGUAUUAAUUGAUUUUCCUAGUUUUCAUAGUAAUUGGUAAAAACUAGGGAAAAUCGUAGAAAAAACGGGAAAAUUUAAGAAGCAUAUAAUUUUUAAAUCGUAAAUAUGACGGCCUUUCAAAACAUGUAUAACCGCUUAGAAUCGUUUUUCUUUAACAAUGAUAAUUCUUUGCGUACAGAUAUACAUUAAAUUUCCCUUCUAUCUUCCCAACUUCUCACUCAACAUAUGUUGUGUUAUUGUAAACACUAUAUUGUUAUAAAUUAUGGUAUUAUUCAAUUGAAAAUUUAAUAAAAACGAAAAUUUCCAACACAAACCUCACGGUCAUAUUGUACUCGUACUUUGUAGUUUUUAUUAUAAUUAUUAUCAUUAUUAUUAUUUUUAUUAUAUUAUUGUGAAAUACAGAGUGUUCCAUUGUUGUCUACAGAUUUUUAUUGAGCUAUUAAAUAUUUACUUUUUUUAAAUUUUUAUUUUUUACGCAAUUAUAAUUAUUAUGUAGGGGAUUGUAUGAAAAUUGUGAAAAUGGUGAUACAAAUUUAUUUAAAUUGCUUUUUUUAACUAUGUCGUAUAAAAUAUAUGAAUAAUUAAUUAUUUACAUUAGUUAGGGUCUGUAGACAAAUGACGUCAGCCCCUUUUUAUGUAUUAUAUUAUUAUAUGAUAUUACUCAACUAGUGUCGAACAAAUUCUAAAAACUGUCAAACAAAUUCAUACAAAUGACGUACAAAAUAUUUGAAUACGAAUUUUCGAGAAUUUCAUGGGUGGGGGGGUUCGGGCCAUAUGCUUAUCAUCGUUAUUAAUCAUUCAUAUAAAUUAGAUAUUUUAUAAUAGUAUAUACGAGUAAUAAGAGUUUUAAUAUUAAGCAUAAUAAACAGCAUAAUUAUAAUACUUAAAAUAGUGUUUCUGACCAAUUAUAAUAAAGGUAUUGAGGUGAAAAUAAUUGUAUAAUUUAUGUAUAAAUAGACUAAGAUGCUGUUUAUAUUUUUAGGACAUGUAUGCAAUUAUAAAAAAUAUCUAACGGAAAUAGUUAACUCGUGUAUGUAUUUAUUUUUUCUAACUAACUUUAAAAUUAUUACUUACUAAUUUAAAUUUUAUACACAUUAAAAAACAUAUUAAGUAACAUAUUAUUAUUAAUACAUGAUGUGUUACUUGCUAAAUGAUCACCGUUUGUUGUUUCCACUACAUGAAAGAACUUGAAGGUAAAGAAGGAACUGAUUUCGCACAUACGAAUGAUGGCGCUGAACGUCCCGAAGCAUUAUUUUCCCCUAUUCAAAUAAUACAGGCUUGGAACGUUUUCGCAAAAACAUGAGUUUCUUCACUCGUGGAAUGAAGUGUAGAUAAUACACUAUAAAUUGUAAUUUACCUAAUAAUAGAAAUCAUGGAACACCAACCUAACCUCUCUGGUAUCCAUAUUAAUUCUGUUAUUAAUCAGUUUAUGAUUCUGAAAACUUAAAAUAUAACAAAACUCAUGGAGUAGAUGAAAUUCUAUCUGAACUAUUUAAAUUUAUGGACAUAAAUAUUAAAAACGCACUGUACAAAAUAUGUUAUAAUGUGUAGCUUAACAAACGGUGACGUAGGUCAUAUCGGAAGUAGAAGGUCAAGGAUGGGUACGUGAAAUUAUGGCAAACAUGGAUUAAGAUAGCUACGAAGAUUUAAAGGAACCAAGAUUUUUAAAAGGAAACUAGGGGCCGUGGCGAACUACUGCAAACUAACCAUACAGUUAAAGAUGAGAACACGAUUUAUUUAUUUUUUUUUUUAUUAUUUAUUUAUUUAUUUAAGUUGAAAGUUGUGUAAAAGAUUUACUAUAAAAUGUAAAUAAAAAACAAAGAAUUAUUACCUAUUUACCAUAAUGUAUAAAUAAACGGUAAAAUGUAUUUAAAAUUAUAAAAACCGGUUGGUUUACAUUGCCACUCCCCCUCAAUAUUUAUUUUAUCCAAUAAAUACCAUAACGCAUAGCCUAUAUAUGAUAAGUUAUGGCUCGCGACUUAUCGUAAAGUUAUUAUUUAUUGUAUUGUCAAAACCACACAGUAAUUUGUGACUUAAAGUAUUUAAAUAUUAAUUGCAAUAUUUUGUUUAAUAAUUAAAAGGAUAUUUUACCAUUUUUGACCAUAUCUAUUUGUAUACGUAUUUGUUAUAUCUAUAAAACAGUUUCUAUUAAUAUCAAAUAUAAAUGUCUUUUAAUCAAAUGCAUAAUUUCAGGGGUUGUUGUUGGUGCAAACAAGUGGUGUAUCGAAAACGGUCAGUAACAAUUUGUUUUUAUUAUAAAUACUUUAAACAGUAAUAUUUAGUGAUGUAAAUUUGUAUAAUUAAUACAAUUGUAUAAUAUCGUAUUAUACACGCUGUAUAGAAUUAUUUAUACAAUAGUGUUAAAUUUGAAUAAUUUUUUUUUUAUUUGAUAUCGGUAUAAGUAAAUUCAAAUAGAUAAUGGUUGAGUAAUCAAGUUUUGCAUGUAAUUUCAAAUUUGCAUAUCUUUGAAUACAGUAUUUUGGUUUUCAUACCGUAUAAAAUGUGUAUAAUACAGUAAAAUAUAAAAAUGUAUUAUAAUAAACUUUAAUACACACAGUAUUAUACAAAUUUAAUACACGUAUAAUACAAGAAAAAAUAAAAUACCGUAUUUUACAUCACUAUUAAUAUUAAAUAAAUGAAAAUGCAACAAAUGGAACAAUAAAACUGUUUUCAUUACUAUACAAAAUUUAAGUAAUGUGGUCCAAUUUUCUAUAGGAGAAUAAUUUAAGAUUUCUUCCACAACUUUAGUUAAAAUAAAUUAAAUAAAUAUGGUAUUAUAUUCAUUACGUGAAAACAUAAUUUAGUAUAAAAGUAGAACAGAAACAUUUAUUGAUACUUAACCAGUGAACAUAUAUUAGAUUAAAAUUAAAAUCUAGUUAUUUGAACUAAAUUUACAAAACGUUAUAUUAAAAUAAUUAUUCACUGGUUAAGUAUCAAUAAACAGUGUUCCUAUUCUUUUAAUUUUUGUAUUAAAUUAUGUGUAUACAUAAUGAAAAUAAUGUAACGUGUAUUUGAUUGAUUUUGUUUUAACUAAAGCUGUGAAAGAAAUCGUAAAUUAUUUUCCUCCAAAAAGAUAGGCAACUCUACAUUUAAACUCUACUUUACAUUGAAAUAAAAACAGUUUAAUCAUUUAAUUCGUUGUAUCAUUAUCUGUUAAAUAUUGGUUGUUUCAGUACAUUCCGAUUCCGAAGUAUCAGGUUAGAACAGAUCCAACUUUAAUAUUUAAAAUUUACACUUAUUUUUUAUAUAUAUGAUUUUUUAUUAACUGUUAUAUAUAUAAAAAUAUAUAUAUUGUAUAAUCAGAGGUGGAUUUUCAACAUUUUUCUGGAAGGAGUCCUAAAAAAUAAUAUUUAUUUCAUAGAUAUAUACGAUAUAUAUUGUAUUAUUAGAUACCUAUUUAGUAUAUUCAAUUUUAUUAAAAUAAAAUCAGUGUCUGGAAAGAUCUAGGUCUCCUGAAUCCCCCCCGCUCUAUAAAUCUGCCGCUGCGUAAAAUUUGUACACUUAAAACUUACAUAUCUUAAUGAUUAUAACUAUUUUUUUUAAUCAUUCAGUAAAAUUUAUUCAAAACUAAAAUAUUUAAAUUUUAAUGAAUAGGAAAUGAACACAAAACAUAAGACAGUCAUUUUUUUAAUUUUAUUAUAGUUUUCUUAAUAGUUGAGAGAACUGUAAGAAAAAAAUAUAAGAAAAUCAGGAAAACAUACGGUCAUUUUUUUCGAUUUUCUAUUUUUGUCGUAUUUUAAUAUGAAAAAAAUCAACGAAUGUUAAACGAUAAAAGAAUCUUCGUGUAUAGCAAAACUUCGCUCAGAUUCGUUUUUCGCUACAAUUAUUUAUCGUUGCGUACAAAUAUAAAUUUGAUAACUCCAUGUAUUCUUCUCAACUUCCCACUUUCAACAGUCACACAUCAAUCAAUAGGUAUUAGUUCACGUAGGAGUAUUAUUUCCAUUUUGUACAAUUUUACUGAAUUAAGAUAACACCAAUAAUAUUCGUGAAUUAUAAAAAAAAUUAUGUGUAAAAAAAAUAUUUCGCCAAUCAAGUUACCCAAGAAGCAGUUUUACACUCAAAGGAUUCCCAUAAUGAUUCCCAUAGUGAUUCAUGUAUUCACUUACAAGGUUAUAAACUCUGUUUUAACUUUACAUUAUAAAAUUAAGGAUGUAUAAAUAAUAAGUGAUAAAGAAAUAAGAGAAUCAUAAAAUAAAAGGUGAAAAUUAUUUUAGCUUAACAAAAACUGUAUAAAAGAAUGAAAUGCCCUCACGUGAAUUUUUUUUUGCUACGGUACUAUAUGUGCUAUUAUACUGUUUAAAUCCACCUCACUCAGAAAUUAUUAAUUAUCUUGUACAAUAAUAUUAAUUAUGUAGACUAAUAGUUAAUAAUUGGCUUUUAUUUAUUUUAGAAUGUGUUGGUAAGAUUAAAAUUUAAAUAAGAAGUAUAAUGGUAUCAUAUUAUAAAAAUAUAUUGGACAACUAAAUAUAAUUCCGAUAACCAAGGCUAAGAGUUUGAGCUGGUAAGGUCAUAUAUUGAGGUCAAUCUUAAUUACGAAAAAUACCCCAAAUGGAAAUUAUUAAAGACCCUUAGAGAGACUUAAACAGUGAUAACUGAAAAAAACUGAGUUAGGUUAAGUGUAAAGACAUACAAAGGGUUUACAUUGGUACUGACAGAAGUAGUUUAUACAAAAUGACAACAUGAAUUUUUCAAAUUUGUAAAAAUUCUGGUGCAUAUUAGAUUGUUUUAUAGUUAAUUAAAGAUUAAUUAAAUGUUUAAUAUUAUUUAAGCAUAAUUUAGCUUCAACUCGAUAUCAAUUUUUAGGUACCUAAUAAUGAACGAAAUUCCCAAACCAUAUCCUAAAUUUCUAAUAGACCAAUUUUCUAAUUAGGAAUUAAAAAAUUUGACUAACGAAAAAUACACAACAUUUUACUAAUUUUACAGUACUCUGUCGUUUUUUGAUUUCAUAAGGACUAUCCUCUUUGACUCUUUUAAAAUUUAAAACCGCUUCUCAUCCUAAAUUAGAAAAGACAUAGGUAUAAAGACUAUAUCCAGUAAUAAAACCACUUGGUAAUGACAAUCAAACAAAGAGAUUUGAGUAGGUAUUUGUGUGAACAAAAUAUAUUGGCUCAGUUAUUUUAGUAUUAAUUGGUUCAUUAUAAUUUUUCUUCCAUAAUAAACGGUUUAUAAAUAAUUAGUAAUAAAAUAGUAUGUAUUGAAAGAAUUAUUUUAAUUUAAACAUUUUAUUUUUAGCUUCACUUAAAAAAAAUGAAAUGGGCAGUAAGUAAAUUAAUUUGCAUUACUGAUAUUAAGUUCAAACUUGGUUCUAUUAAAUUAUUAAUAUAUCAAGUAUAGACAUUCAGAAGGCUGCAUACGAAAUGCGUUCUAAAAAAAAAAAUCCGUUAAGUGACUACGCGAAUUACAUCCCAGGUUUUUUUGAUUAAGUACACGAAUUGUGUCUGAUCUACCUGCAAAUUAUAUUUUUAUAAAUAUCUACAUAAUAUAAUAAUUUUUACAUAAUUUUUACAUGUGGUAAAAUUUUCAAACCAUUUGAGCCAUUUUUAGGCUUUUUAUACAAAUUUUAAUAGUUUUAUCGAAUUUCAUAAAAUGAACAACCAUUUGGUUGGGAAAAAAUUUGAAUCUAAUGAGCUCUAGCAUAGCUUCUGCUCAAGAAAUUUCAUUUUUUCUAUGGCCCGCGGUAAAAAAAAAUUUAGCCACCAGCCACCACUAUGUUAACUAAUGAACGAAUAAUAAAUUCGUUUCUUUCGAUAAAGAAACACAUCUUUGUAAAACAAAUAGCUUCGCUCUACUAAGAAUCAAAAAAUAUUUUGUAUUUAAUCUCUCUACUAAAUUUAAAACUUUAGGUUAACAAUUUAUCAAUAGUUACCUAGCAUACAUCUAGUACCUUCCGUAUAAUUUUAACAUCUAUAUUAAAGUAUUAUUUAGCUAUAGUGAAAAAUAGAACGGUUUAGUAUUAUUGUAUUCAACAACCAGUGGUCGUCCGGGUCUGACUCAAGGCAGUAGAAUCCAUAUUAGGUAAUUAAUAUUAGAACACUGUUUCGUUUAAAGACUGAGACUCUCAAAACCAUAUUUUACUUGAUAAUCUAGAGUCGUCUAAUUUUGAGUAAUGUUGACUAACUGACCCGGUUUAGUUUAUAACCGUUAAUUUUACCAAAGGUUUUAGGAGUUAUGUUAUUUUAUGCAUAUCGGAUAGUCUCAAAAGUAUAAUUAGAUUAAAUCUCAAACUAAAAUUUUACAUUGAAAAUAAAAAAUUAUAUUUCUUAUCGUCAUUUGCAUUGUUAAAUAGAUACAUUAAAUAUUAUAGUGGGUUAUUUUUAUUAUUCUGCGAUGUUGUAAAAUUAAUAUAGCUAUUAUGGACAAUUCAGGGAAUUUUUCCAGCCACCUCAUCAUGCUUAAUUUAUCAGAGUGUUUUACUCUAUAAGUGACCUUUGACCUUUAUUAAAUUUUUAAUAUCUUGUCAAGAACAAAUCAUUCUUAGGAAAAUAUUGUAGUGAUCUUUGAAUCCGAUUUUUUGGUACAAUUAGUACUGAAGUAAGAUCAAUAAGGACUUUUGAUAUUUUAUUUAUAAUGAUUUACUUAAGGUCCAAUUUAAUACCAAUUUUCAGUUCUAUUUAGAUUAUUUAGAAGUUAACAUUUUAUUUUUGUCUAUUCUGACUGAUUUAGAAACGAUAAUUUGCUAUUAUAAGAAUAUUGUUAAUAUUAUUAAUUUAUAAAUUAUAAAUAUUUGUAGUAGUAUUUAGAAAUAUUUAUAGAGUGAAAGCAUUACUUUUAUAAUAAUAAUAUUAAUUUUUUUUAGGUGAAUCGGGUUCAGAAAAUUAUUUUAAUUCAUUUCUUAGAUUUUUUAUGGAGGGUAAGGAAUAUAUUCAGCGCUAUAAUAUUAUAUGAAUGUAAUCAUAGUUUUUAUACAUGGCUAUUUAAAAAUAGUAAAUAAUUUAUAGUAGUAUAGUAAUAAUAUAGUAAUAGUAAAUAAUUACUUAACUAAGCACUUAUCAACCAAGCCCGGGUUAAAGGGGGAGUCCAGGGAGAGUCGUGGCCCACGGGGCCACCAGACUCCCAAGACCUCAGUUUUUGCCAUAGUAUAUUUUUUAUACAUACAUUUAACCAUUAAUUUUAUACUAUGAUAUGUCAAUGUUUUCAAUGUCUUUCGUUAUAAUAUACAUAUAAUGAAACUACAAGUAACUUUGUUAAUAAUUAUAAAGGUAUUUAUUUAUUUAAAUAAUAUUAGUGGCUUUUGAAUCGAGAUCUAUAUGAUGUCUAUACUAUUUAUUAUUUUUCUUUCGUUACAACAUAUUGAUUAGUAAACAAUUUACAACAAAUUAUUAGAUUUUCAACGAGAGCCUGGCUGAAAAGUUUGACUCCGGGGUCUCUAAUGUGUUAAUCCGGGCUUGUUACCAACCCAAACUAACGUAUAUUUUAUUAUGCAUAAUACCUAGGUAUAUAAAUUAUGUUAUUAGUAUUGACAAUAUUAUUAUAUUGUUGUAAUAUCUACAUCUUAAACAUAAUAUUGAAUUUAUUAAAAUAUUGCUAAUAUUGUGAUUAUGAUAUCAAUUACAAAUUUAUUUGGUAAUUUGUUGUAUAACUAUGUAUUUAGUUAUUGUUCCAAAUAAACUAUAAAUAUGAUUAAUUUGUUAUGCAAUUAAUUUGAUCGAAUGUAUAAUGUAUAGGUACAUAUUUGAAUUUAGCUUAAAAAUAAUUAUACCUAUUAUAAAAAUUGCAGUGGAAAGGUUUCAAAAAAUAAUAAUAUUUUUUAUAUUUUAGCGACAGAAAUUCCUAGCAAUUUGAAAAGUAAGUUGUUUACUGUAAAUAUUUUACUAAGUCUAAGAUAUAUAUAUAAUUUAGGUUGGUGCUUAUUUUUUAACAUUAUUGUUUUUUGAUGCUUGACCUCCCUAUUUUUUUAUUACCAUGUAAAAAGUAAUCCGUGUAAAAUUUGGUCAUAAUACCUUACCCCCUUCCCGUGUCCCAAGAAGGUUGAAAAUGAGGAAAUAAGAUAGUUUUGUGGUUUUUCACAAAUAAUUCAAUAAUUAUAUGACUGAUCAUAAAAUGAUAUAAAAUUUUUUGGUAUUUCUUCCUAAUGUCUAUAUAAUUUAUUAUUAUACGAUUUACUGUAAAAACUGAUUUUCCCAAGAAAAAUUAUGAAAUACAAAUAUUUCACGUAUUAAACAAUACAGAUUUUUGUAAGGUUAUUUAAUUAUAUUUGUCAAAUGGUUGAAGAUAUGAAACAAUGUUUAAUAUAAAAAUGAUAUAGAAUUUAAUUUCUUAAAAAAAAGGUUUUUAAUAAAAACUUAAUUAAAACGACUAAUUUAAUAUAGAAUGUUUUUUUUUUUUUUUUUAUAAACGAAUUUUAAUAUAAAAUUUUGACGAAAAUCGUUUUGAGUAAAAAAUUAUGUGGAACAAAUUUAAUUUUUCAAUUACUGUUUUGAACAUACGUAUAUUGCCGAUUUAAGAACGAUAGUGAAGUCAGAAUUAAGCGGAUUGACUUAGUUUCAAAAUAAUUUUUGAAGUUCUGAUAUUAUACGGACAUUAUAUUUAAUAUAAAAUAACUCUAUACUCGUAUAAUAAUAAUACAAUUCUAUAUAGUCUAUAUUAUCGUAUGUCUAUUAUAAUCUUUUGGUAGAUACGUACCUGUUUUCAUCAAAAAGAUCGCGGGUUCAAACCCGUGUUCCAAAAGAGAAUUUUUUUCUUUUCAACUAAACAGGAAAAAAACAAAUACAUUUUAAGUGUACCUAGAAACCUAAGUCAUCGCUCGCUCGAAUUAUUUAAAUCGAAAAAUACACCUCGAUUUAUUGUACACACUUUUCUACCAGAAAUCUUCCUCCGAAGUAUCGAGUAUAGAACCAUUUCUGAAAGAGUUUUUCUGGAGUGAUACUUUAAGGAGAUUAUUUUUUAAUUUUCUCAGGAGUUUUCCCAAUAAAUAGAAAAAAAUGUACAAAUGUAUUAGUAAAAUAUUACUGCUUUUUUUCCUGUGAAUAAUUUUUCUGUCAGCAAGUUUACUCCUAUUUACAAUGAUAGGACUUUUUCUGAAAGAAAAUCUGAUUGGGGUAAUACAAGAAGGAGGUAAUUUUUGAUUUUCCACAGAGUUUUCAUAAUAAAUUGAAAAAACCAGGAAAAAACGUAGGAAAAAUGGGAAAAUAGGUACAAUAUUAAACAAAUAUUAUUAAAGAAAAUACAGUGGAACCUCGAUAACUCGAAUCGGUUGGGGACGAAAAAAAAAUUCGAGUUAUCGAAAAUUCGACUUAUAGAGGUUCGAGUUAUCGAGGUUCCACUGUAUAUAUGAUGUAUAUGUAAUUAGUUUACCAUAUUAUGGCAUAUGUAAAUUUGACAAAGCAACACUAUUAACCGAACUCCCUCUCAGAAUCGUUUUUUUUUUCGUUAAUAAUGAUUAAUCGUUGCAUUCAUUAAAUUUCCCGUCUACCGUCACAAUUACUAACCUACAACAGUGGCUCACCCACGUGCAAAGUAUUUCCGUCUUUUUUAUUAUAAUACAGUGGUCGUUUGAAUAAUACAAUUGACUUAUUUGCCAAUUAGACUUGAAAGGGAUGGUUCCGAUUUGGACGUAUACUAAUAACAGCAAAACAUUUUUCUAUCAACUCACUACAUCGGUUAAUGGGAUUAAUUUGAUAAUUGGAUAAAUUAAUAAAAUUGAGAACAAAUAAUGUAAAACCCGGUAUUAACUGUUAGGCUGUAGGCAUUCUGCUCUUAUUGUGAAUAUUAAAUUAAAUUACUGUUUCACAAUAAACUAAGCAAUCGCCAUUAUUAAUGCGAUAGAUUGUAAUUGACUAGGCAUUGUCGUGUUCAGCGUAUGCCACGUGUUUGAAUUUUCAUUUGUUUAAAUUUUUAUUUUUUUUUUUCUAUUUUUUCUAUUAAAUACAAAGAUACAUAGGUGAAUUAUUUUAUUUGUAUACAUUUCAUUACAUAAUAGUUGAAAUCUCAAGCAAUAUUUUAAAUUUUUGAAAAAAGAAUAUGAGGUUUUUUUUAUAUUUUUUCGAUAAUUCGCUUUAUUAACUCAUUUAGUUAACGGACUCAAAUGAUCCUAAAGUGAUUCAAAUAAGUGGCAACCACAGUAUAUGAUUUGAUGAUCUUGAUGAUUUUGGUUAAAACCAAACGUGUUAUUUUAAUCCUUCUGCCUUGGUUAAUUAUUCAAAGUGUUGCUUUUCAGUAUAGUAUGUAAUUAAAAAAUUAAAUGAAUAAAAACAUGUAUAACCAUUUUAACAAAUUGUAUACGAUUGAAAAAAAUAAUAAUCAUACUGAUUUAUGUGUAUGUUUAUAUUUAAUAGCGUACGCAGCCAAGUACUUUGCAUUUCUCCAUAUAAAAAGUUCUGAACGUAUGUAUUAAUACACUGUGUAAAUUACGUCUUAAAGUAACAUUAUUUAUGUGAAUAAAAAAACACUGGAUAACCUUUUUACCCACUAAUAAAACUAAAUAAUUUUUAUAUUUAAAUAAAUAUGACAUACCUACAACACCUGUAUACAAAUAAAUAUUUUAAUUCAAAUUAUUUAAAUGCAAUGUAUAAUGCAAGUAUGAAAUGGUUUAUCGUUGCUUACAGGUAUACAUUAAAUUACCUAAAACAAUGGCUGCACCCAUUUCCAUUAUCCUAGGACAGCUUUUUUUAACUAGUCGGUCAACCAUUACAAAUUUAACCACUACCUAACAUACUAUAAUAAUUGAAUCGUUUAGUAUAAAUACACAAAAAGAUGUCAUUUAUACGGAUUUAAAAAUAAACGUUCGAUCGAAUUGAUCAAAAUGUAUUGUUAUUAUAGUUAAAGAUAAAUGGUAUAUAUAAUUCCUUAUUAUCAUGGUUUUCUUCAUUCUUAUCAAAAAGAUUUUAGAUUAUGAAAUAUAGUAAUUUUUUGUUCUUAUCCCAUACAUAACUCAAUUGGAGUUAUAUAUCCACAAGGAUAUUUCUACUAUACAUUAACGACAUAUCUUCUACAUUAAAUCAUUUUGACAUUUUACUUUUUGCCGGUGAUGCUAAAAUAUAUAAAACUACACUCGGUUUCUAAUGCUAUAGAAGUGCAAUUCGAUUUAAAUUUAUUUUUCGAUUGAUGUACGAGAAACGACAUGGAAUGAAAUACAUAUAAAUAAGGUUCAAUUAUUUCUUUUUCUCAAAAAAAAAAAAAAUUAUUUAUUUUUAAUUACAUGAUCUCACAUGCAAAUUUAAUAAGUGAUAUUAGUGUUUAUAUAAGUAUAUUUUUUAAUACAAAAAUUAAUUUCAAGGAACAUAUCAAUAAGAUAAAAAUAGAGCAUCGUCAAAAUUAGGACUCUUAAAACGGAAUUAUUCAAAUUUUAAUAAUUAUUUUGCUGUAAAAUGAAUCUAUUAUUCUUUUGUACGAUCACAGUUAGAAUUUACUGUACUUAUUUGGUCUCCUAAUUCCUUGUUGCUAAAUCAAACUAUUUGAUUCAAAACUUUCUCUACAUUUGUUUUAUUUUUCAAAUGCCAUAUCCUGAGGCACCUACAUUCUGGUUAUGAAAAAGUAUCCAGAUUUUUAGUAUUCCUAUGUUAAAUGAUUGUAGAUAAUGUUUAAUUAAAUAAUACAAUUAAAUGCUUUAAACUACCUAUUUAGUGUUUAGGUAGAAAUAUAAUAUUUUUAAUACUUUGCAAUUAUGUUUUAAACUUUUACCAAUAAUUGUGUUAUUAAGUUAGUUUUUUCAGUUUUUUUUUUAUAUAUAUUUUAUUUUAAUCAUAAAUGAAUUUAAUUAUCCAAUUAGUGUGAAUUUUAAAAAUUGUAUUUGUUAUUUUGUUAACCUAUAAUCAUAAGUUAUAAUAUCGUUAUCUAUCAACAUAUCAACAUAUUAAACUGUAAUAAUUUUCUUUUAUGAAUUGAAUUAGUUCCGUAAAUAAAUAAAUAAACAUUUAAUGAGUAUCCUGUUGUAAAACAUUAGUUUUUCAAAUGAGGACCUACAUAUUUUGAUGCAGAUUGUCAGUUGCAUGAUUUUUCUAAAAAUGUUGACGUAUUGUAAUCGAAAAUUGAAAUAAAAGUUUCUGAGUUAUUAUAAUUUAAAUACUAAAGGAUAAUAUUUGCACGAUUCAAAACAAGAAAUAACCUAAACGCCACUUUUAUGAAACAGUCGUUAUCCAAAACUAUAAAAGGCUAUUAUCCUUAGUAUUUAAAGUAGAAAAAUCUCAGAAACUGUUCACUUAAACUACCGAUUACAAUACCUCAACAUUUUUAGAAAAAUGGUUUGAUUGACAAUUUGCAACAAAACAUAUAGGUUCUCAUUUGAAAAAUAAAUGUCGCUACAGAGUACUUCUUGAAUAUUGUAAAAAUCUAAAUAUGUGAAAAUAUCAUUUACUGAACUUAAAAUUCCAAAAAUCAGAAUUUGAAUGUAUGCAUAAUUUAACAAAAAUCAUUUGACCGAUACUGCUGAGUGAGAUCUAAAUUAUUUUCUAUACCCUGUUCAACUUAAGAGCAUAAAACUAUGUCCGUUUUCGCGCAUGUGUUCUCAUUCUUGGUUAUCGGUACCGCUUCAUCCACUCACCCGCCUAUCAAUCUCGCCACCGCUGAUACACAUGGUACAACAUACGUAAAGAACAAAAUAUCUAUAACAUUUUGUUUUAACGGCCUUACCGCGUACACGUAUAUUCUCACACAAAUGCUCCGUUUUAAUUUUAUAAACGUUACAAUUAUCUUUUAAGUAAUGUAAUUUGGUCUAUGUUGCCCGUUAAUUUGACUGAAACGGUAUAAAUAUAUUUGUAUACAUAAGCACACGCAUAUUUUCACUGAUGGUGCAAACCAUAAAACCACUACAUAUAAAUAUCUUAUAAGUAAUAAACCACAAAAAUUCUUUAAUAUUAUAUUAUAUUUUAUUUAGCUUAUAAAAAAAAAAAAUCGCAAUUGUAUGUAUGUACAUAUCAUAUAUAUAUAUAUACGUAUGUCAUAUAUCAUGUGUCGUAUAUAUCAUAUAUCAUAUAUAUACGUUAUCAGAUAUAUCAUUAUUUUGAUUAAAAAAUUUUAUAAACUACAAUUCAAGUUGGCAAUUAUUUUCAAGACUUAAAUCCAAUGCUCGAAUUGAGAGGGGACGCAGGGGGACUAAUUUUUCAGAAAUGUAAGCAUACCGUUACUAUUUGUUUGAAAUGAAACGCAUGGGACGCAGUGGAGAAUACAAGGUACCAUGUCUGGAAAGAGCUGUAUAUAUAAGAGACUGUACCUAUAAAAGUAUUUAGUAGAAUUUCUGAUCUCUAUGAUUACGUUUCAUUAAAUAAACAAAAUAUAAUAAAACAGAAGCAAUAAAUGUAAUAGAUACAAGUUUUCUUGACCUUUUUCCUAGGGGUUUCCCGAUAAUUAAGAAAACUAUAAAGAAAAUUAAAAAAUAACCUCCUUAGUCCUUAUUACACCAAUGAGAUGUUAAUUUUUACUAGGAACCAUCUCCUCUAAAUUUGAUAAUUAGAGCAAGAUUUCUGAUAGAAAAGUUGUUCAUAUACAAAAGAAGAACAAACAUAUCAUCGUAAUAGAAUUAUGGUUAUUAUAUUAGAAUCUAUCUAUAUCUAAUAUAUCUAUCUUAUAUUAUAUUAGAAUCCAAAAUAAAUAAUAUCUAUUGUAGUAGGUACUAUACUACAAUGUGAACAAAAGUUAGCCUGCAGUAGGAAGUGUUUGUUUUCAGAAAUUAUGAAUUACUGAAUUAUGUUUAAAAAUUGGUGUGGGAAGUAUGAAGGGCUAAACCCCCCACGGGUUGAGUUGAGUUUAAUAAUUACAAAGGACGCACAUUUGUUUUUUAUGUCGUAUAUUCCCUAUUCUUAUAUUUCAUCAAUUCGAGUAAUGCUUAAACCAUGCAUAUAAUAGAAGACUUUAGUAUUGGUAGCAAACCUCUUAAAUGCUCUAUAAUGUUAAAAACAAAUUAUGACAACUCGUUGGGAGUGAAAUUGCACACCCCACAACCCGCGUACGAACGCCUAUACGUGUAUAUUACGAUUUAUUAGGCGAUAGGUAUUAUAGAUAUUAUAACUCACUGUAUACACGACAGCCAUAGCCACGACAACAGCACGUGGCCGCGGCGUAUGAUUGGUAACGAUUGUUUCCGAUUAAUCAAGUAGGGAGUCCAGCAAUGUUCAGCAGUCAUUUACGUAUGCGCAAACGGGUAUACUCUUAAAUUGAACAGGGUAUAAACAUAUCACUAAGUUAUUAUUCUUAAAUAAUUAUAUCCAAUGGAAAAUUAUAUACACCUAUACCAGUUAUAUAAUACCACUAUACUAAUAUAUAGUUAGGAAUUUUAAUUUUGAAGAUCUAUUUUCUAUUUUAUCUCUAUUUAUUUAUACACUAAAAAUGUCCCUAGUUGGCUAGUUAAGACAUGUAUGACACAUUUAAUUAAGUUGUAUAAACAAGUAUUACAACAUAGUAUUUUAUUUUAACAAUUUAAAAAACCAAUAAUUUGAAUAAUUGUUUGUUUCAAUUGAUUUAGUUAAAAUUUUGAAAACAACGCCAUGGUGUUCUGGAGGUUAGCAAUUGUUUACCUAUUUUUUUUUCUAUUUAUAAACUUUAUUUUUUUACAUUGUUUAUCAUUUAGUUAUUAUUAUUAACUAAAUGAUAAGUAGAAGAAUGAAAGAUUAGUAAUAACUUAUUACUAUAGAUUCAAUGUUAUUACCAUUGAUUUUAUAAUAUACAGAUAACUAGAUUAACCAUUCAAGUGUUAAAAUUGUUAAAUUUUUUCAACUGUCGGGUGAUACAAAGGUAGAUACAAAAAAGCGGGUACCAAGAGGUUUUUAUUUCAAAAUCAAGAGUGGGUAGUGGUUUUACCCCCUAAAAUAAAGAGUGACAAAAAAUAACAGUAAUAGAGCUACGUAUUCUGUAAAUUGUAAAAACAAAAAAAUCCGAAAAACUUAAUACCAUUAUAGAUUAUAUGUGUUUUACGACUUUUAUGUUAUAUUGAUCACCAUGAUCACCCUGAAAAAGAAUAAUUAUAAAUAUUGGAUCAACUUAUUUUGAGUUUGCUGGCCUUAAGCAGAUAUAAUACCUAUCUUUAAAAACAGAAACAAGGCAAGAACAUAAAUGAAUGACACAAUAUUAUAAUUACAUGUAAUACUGUUUUAGAGUCUGGGUACCAAGGUUUCACAUGUAUUGGUAAGCUUAUUUGCGUACAAUAAUAUUAUACACCUAUUAUUAUUUUAUUAUUAUAACUAUCGAAUGAAUUAAUCGAUAGUUUUCAUUCAGUAGUAGCACCGACUGAUUUUGUCUAACGAUAGUUUAAAAAACAACCGAGUACUUUUUCCUUUUAAAUAUAUAUUAUCAAUAGAAUAAACUAGGAAUUCGAUAGUCUGAAAGUUUUUUAUCGGUAGUAUCGGCACCGACUGGUUUACAAAACAAUCGAGUGUUUUUGACUCGAUAGUUUAAAAACAAUCAAGUACUUUUUCAAUUGAAUAGAUAGUGUCGAUAAUCGAUAGUUUUUAAAAACAACCGAGUAAAUAGAUAGUUUGAAACUAUCGAGUAGCUCGAUAAUUUUCACUCGGUAGUGCCCAUCACUACUACGAUAUACAUUACAUAUUAUUCAGUGUUUAGUCGGUUCGUUUUAGUGCAUUCAAAUAGUUGUUAUAAAUAUACUUAUUUUAUAAAUAUUUUCAAUUAACCAUGGAUUCACAGUGGACGAUUCAAAAAGAGAAAUAAGGAAUUCAAAUAUUAACAAACAUUGAUAAUCCUACCAUAAGAAAAGGUAGAGAGAUAUUAGCACGUCAUUGAUAGAUUUGACUUAAUUCAGAUAGCUGGCGUUCAACGAGUAUGACGGAAGCGCAAUAAAGGAAUUAUAGCGAUAAUUAAUAAUUUCACUAAUAUUAUUCAUGGCAUUUAUGUGGCCAGUGGACGUGAAUGGGAGACGAAAACGCACAAGAAAAUAAAGGAACACUCCUCUAAUAUCCCAAUAUCUGCUGUGAAAAUUUUUAUCAGAAAUCAACAAAAAGAAGUACAAGAGGCAUUGUUGUUCAGACCAUUUUAGAUUCAUCCCAGAACGAGUGAGAGCAAGUGGACCUUGUCGACUUUCGGAAUUUAACUGAUAGUGAUUUUAAAUACAUUCUUUAUUACAAGGACCACUUGAUUAAGUUUUCAUUAGAUCGACCUCUGAAGUGCAAGAAGGCUUUAGAAGUUGCGAAAGAAUUAUUGCAGAUAUUUUUGGCUUUUGGUGCUCCUAACGUUCUUCAGACUGAUAAUGGUCAUAAAUAUACUGCAGAUUUAAUAAUGGAAUUAGCUUCGUUAUAGUUGUACUAGUGAAUGGUCAAUCACGUUACCCACAAAACCAGAGGGUCUGGAAAGAGAGGUAAUUGUACGCUGAAUGAUUCACUAAUAGCUUGGAUGUGGGACAACAAUACUAUCGGAUGGAGCUACAGACUCAAAUUUGUAAAAUGUAGUGUUAACACCACAUACCAUGAAGCUAUCAAGAUGACUAAGCAUAUAUAUGCCUAGAUAGCUAUUAAGACGUUGGCUUCCGCAUACGUCUUAAUAGCUAUCUGUAUUCCAAAUUUCAGCCCGAUCCGUUCAGUGAUUUGGGCUGUACGAUGAUGAAUUAGUCAGUCAGUCAGUCAGCCAAAAUAUGUUGUAUUAUAUACAUAUUAUAUAGAUUAUGUAUUAUGAUUACAUUAUAUUUUGUAUUAAUAAUAAAGAAAAUCUACAUUUAUAGUUUUUUAUUAGGUAUUAAUAUUUGUAUGUUUUAUGUGUUAACUGUCAAGGGAAAAAUGUAGGCAUCAAGGAUUUAGUUUGACUAUAGACUAUAGAGUCAAUUAUUGAGUUAUAGAGCUUAAAGCCGGGUGCACACCAAACGCGCAAAACGUUUUGCAACGUUGCUAUUGUGUUCGCUGGGUUUGGUAUAGAUCUAGUCUGCGCACAAACGAGCAUGUUCAUAUAUAUUGUGUGGUUGUUCGGAAUAACAUGAGAAAUGAGCGGUGUUCAGAGCGUUUUGCUUUUCUGGUUUGGACGAGAGAAUUAUCAGUAUCGUAAUAUUGCUGUUGGUAGAACAGGUUUUGAAGCUAUUGAAUACGUCUUUCAAUAAAAUUUGUAUUAGUUUAUUAUUUUUUUUAAUAAUUAAAUAAAAUAAUAAGAAAGUAUAAGCUACAGUUCUGAAUAUGCGUAGGGUUAAAAUAGAGUUAUUCAACUAAUUGAUUCCUAUCGCUGAAAACUAGUUCUAUGGAACUCAAAAGACAAAUAAAUAUAAUUUUUUGAUUUUCCCGGCAGUUUUCACAAUAAAAGAGAAAAAGUGUGAAAAAACGUAAGAAAAACGGGAGAUUUACGAAAAUAAUGCUUUUAUACAUUGUGAAUACUUUACGUGAAAUACUAUAAUAUUGAUACAUUGUGUAUCAUAUAACCGUGUAAAAUUUAUCCUUAUCUAUAGUAAUUUUUGCAUAUCUAAUUGUAUUCUUAUUAUAAAUAGUAAUAUAUACCUAUAGUUUUAUAUAAUAUACCUAUAUAUAAAUAUAAAUAUUUGUACCUUCAAUUGUAUGUCAUAUUGACAAAAUAAUUGAAAAUGUUUUAAAUUGUUUUUUACAUUCUGAAAAUUACGAUACCUAAUCGAAUAAUCAUAAAAUAAUAGGUAUGUAAUCAAUAUAACUUAUAUUUUUAAAUAAUAGUAUUAGUUAAUACCUACUAAAUAUUUCAAAUCGUAUUAUCAGAUUUAAUACUUCGUUAAAAAAUUAGAGUUUUUUUUAGAUACAACAAAAUAAAACUUAUUAAGUAUAUAAAUAUCAAACAUCAAGCAUUUUAGGUUAAUUUAAUUAUUUAGGUGUAUUAAUACAAUAACACCUGAUACCUGUUGUAUGAUACGAUUAUCUAUUAUAUCUUUGAAGUUUUUGAUGUGUGCCAUAAUGAUACUAGUAACUAGUACCUAUGUGUUAUAUUAAUAAUCAGGUAGAUUAAUCGUUAUAAUACUUACAUAAUAAUAUGUUUAGUAAAUAUUGUUUGCCAUACAAUUGAUAUAAUAUUUGUUACAAAACGACUUUCCCAAUUAUAGUGUUUAGUUUUUGGUAAAAAUUGCAAUAGUUUCCUCCCGCCUCUCCUGUUGUCCUACAAUUUAUAUUUGCGCAUGUCUGUGAUUAUAAUAAUAAUUAUUAUUGAUUGAACCCGAACAGAUAGAUUGGAUGUACAUUUUAAACGUAAGUAUAGUUUUAUUUGUUAUUUUAUAUAUGAAUUAAUAUUGAAAAUAUGGGCUUGGAACAUGGACAUUUGUGUUGAAAACCAAUUUUUAUUUUUAUUCAUUGAUGACCAAUAAUUACGUCCUGCACUGGUUUUAUUUAUAGUUUUUGACAGAAUCAUUACUGUCGGGGGUGGAUAUUAAAAAAGAUUAAAUUUCUCCCGGACCCCCUAAAUCAACCUGUUUUCCCUUGAAUGCUGUACUAUAUAUUCUUGAAAAAUUGUAAACAACUAUAAAGUGUUGUCGAACAAUUUCUUUUCUAGGCCAAUAAAAUCCACACAUUAUCUCUCUAUUCUAUAAUAAAAAGUUUUAUUUUGUAUAUCUUUCAUACAAUAAUAUACGUAGUGGGAUCAAAAAGUUCCCGGAAUACUUGAAUUGCGCACCAAUACAGUGUCCAAGAGCAGUAGGAUUGAUAUUAAUGAAUUCUGUAACUUCUUCGGAGUACAUCUGUAUUUGUAGAUUAUCUAUAACUUUCUUUGUUUCGAUGUAACCGAUGUUUUCUUAAAAUAUUUUUUUCGCAUUUGGCCCAAAAGUAAAGUUUUUUUGAGGGGGGGGGGUUGGAGGAUUUUUCCUUCUAUUUUGUUAACAGAAUCUUGUUUGGUAGAGGAAUACAACGUUUCACAGAACUUUUGCCAACAAAUUGCAACUGAAAAACUGCAGAUGUGUCGAAUGAAAGUUGUAUAUAAUAAUUAUUUUCAUAAUAAUAAUCACUACGUGUAUAAUAUUAUGUUAUCAUAAACAUGAAAGAAUAAUUUUCUCUAACCAACAGCCUCCUCCCUCCUUCCUCAAAAGCUUUUCUUUUGGAUUUAUUACAAAAUCGUCAAAUUCGAAAAAAAUAUUUUAAGGGAACAUCGGUUACAUCGAAACAAAGAAAGUUAUAGAGAAUCUAUAAAUACAGAUGUACUCCGAAGAAGUCACAGAAUCCAGUGAUAUCAAUCCUACGGCUCUUGGAUGCUCCGUUGGAGCGCAAUUCAAGUAUUCCGGGAACUUUUUAAUCCCAUUACGUAUUACAUUAUUACAUUAUACGAGUUACGAAUAUUGGCCUGUGAAGUGAGCCAGUUAUAUUAUAAUAUAGCCAAUAUUAUUUUCUACUAAAGCAUAUAAAAACAAUCAAUGUGUUUACUAAUGCAUAAUAAAUAAUUUAACUAUUUUUCAUUAGAACUUGGUAGAACUUUUCUUGCUCCUAUUUUAUAUGUCAGACAUAUAAUAGAACAUAUGGGUAAGUUAAUUUAAUCUACAGUUUAUAAUAAAACCAAUCAAUAGUAUUAAAUUUGAAAACAUUUUAAAUGAAAUUUAAAAUUAAACAAAAUCAAUUUAUAAUAAUUAUAAUAAUCAUAAAAUAUUAAUAAUACAAAUGUUGUUAAUUCUCAUCAAAAUAUUUGUAUUUAUUUUCAAGUACCAAAGUUUAUAAGUGAUCGUAAGUUAUUUUUAUUACUGCUUAAAGUAAAAUUUCUGUCAGUAGUUUGACAUCAGAAUUACAAACAAUAUGGGCAUUAGUUUUUUAUCACUGUUACAAUUGUAACUCAUAAUUAUAUCGUCAUUUUUAGGAAAUAAUAAAUGUUUUAUGCUACUAUAAAAUAUAAAAAUGAAAAAUUUGUUUCUACCAUUUUAUUAUAUACCCUUUUGUUACAAUUUAUUAUAAUUUGCUUUGUUUUCUUUAUGCUUAGAAGUUUAAAUUUAUAGUAAUGAAUGUAAUGAAUACACUUGUAUAUUUGUUUUAAGCUCAAGUACGCGAAUUCAUCGAUUAUUUAUUUAAUUCGAUUAAAGACCAAUUAGGUUUGUAUUUUAGUAAAAUUUAUUUAAUCUAUUAUCUAAAUUAUUAUUAUAAUAUUUUGAAUAAUAGGGAAACACGGGGCUAAACAUUACAAGGGGCAAAGUAUUAUACAAAAUUUCCAAACUAUCUUUAUCUUCCUCCAGUCUUCUAGGGAAGCCAUAAAAUCCCGAAAAGUAAUCUCACAAAUUAUAUUUAUCUGGAAAAAUUAGUAUAGUUCUAGACUUCAAUACGGAAAAUAUAAACACACAAACCGUAUAUUAGCGGAAGGAUAAUAUACUCCUGGAAUUUAAAAUUAACCGGACUAUAUUUUUGUGGACUAUGGAAAUUCGGAGAGUGAUUCGCCAUAUAGUUCCGGACCACAUAUUAUUCCGGAAAGAAAAAAGAAGAAUAAGCGUAAUCUAUGAGAUAUUUUAUCUUUUUAUGGUCAAUAUUCCUUAAUGUAUUUCAGAUUUAUCGCUCAUAAAUCUACUGAUUUUAAAAUUAUGUGUUCUUUUAGAUUCUAAGAGCAGCAAGAAAUGUAUUUACUUUUAUAAAGUAGUACAUUUUUUUUUCCUGUGCACAACUUUUCAACCAGAAAUCUUGCUUCUAUUUACAAUGAUACCCCUAUAUAUUAUCAGUAAACAAUACACAAGUAUCAUCUACACAUAUAACAAUAGAGUCAUCAAUUUCCAUGUUACAAAAACUGUUAAUAUACCUACUAAACAUAUUUACAUAUUAAGAUCGUAAUAUUUGUUUGCCUAUUUAAAAAUCGUUAGAAAGUGUAAACCAUAAUAAAUAUUAUUUUAUAACUGUAUUUAUAUAUUACAAUACUUUAUGCAAAUAAUAUCACAUAAAAUUUGAGUUUCGGGAGUAUAGGGUCGGCAACGAUACGAUUUGUGUAGUAUUUAUUUUUCCCGGAUUUCUACAGUCCGUGAAAAUACAAUCAAUAUGUAAUUCCGGAAUUUUACGUUUCGUGAGAUUACUUUCCAGAACUAUACAUAAUGCGGCCAUUUUUAAUAUCAAGAGUACUUUUUAGUUCUUACUUUUAAGCAUUUUAUGUUUAAUUUUAUCAUAAAAUUCAUUAAAACCACGAUUUUGUAGUUGAAAAAUGAUAAUUUUUUCAAUUUAAAUUUACUAAAAACUAUUUAACCAAACUCCUCUGAAUUUGUUACGUUUGCAAUGGUUUAUCAUUGCAUAUAGUGUAUGAACUAAAUCCUCUAUGAGGCCAAAUGACAUGGGUAUAUACUAUAUUUAUAGUACAUUAUAUACAUAUAUCUAACAAUCCCAAUUCACCAUCUAUAACGGUAGCACUAUGAGCACUGAGUAGUACUCAAGUAGGAUACUCAACAUAUUAAUUAUUUAAUUUAGAUAAUUACUAUUUAAGGUAAUCAUACAUAGUAAACGCGGGUUACUCUAUAUUCCACUAUCUCUAACCUACCCAGUACACAAGAUAUGAAAUCAUUUGCAUAUCAUUAUUACAUAAAUUAUUCAUAUUAACAUUAAAAUUUAUUUUAACAAUAAUUGUAGGCGUCUCAAUGAUACCACUGAAAUAUUGUGAGCUUUUUGAUAUUGGUAAGAAUUUAUGUGCGCGUAUCAUUUGUAUAUUAUUGUUGUUCUUUUACACCUUUUUUGUAAGACAUUUGAGGACCGUUAAAUUUUUUGAUAAUACAUAAUUUACACAUCAUCUGUUUACCUUGUGCCAAAUAUCAUACGUCGUUGAAUUCCAAUCACUUAACAAACGAUGUAUAUAUACGGUGAUAAUUCAUGGACGCGUAUUAUGCAAAUGUAGGUACACUCAGAUCCGCUUAUUCAAUAUCAUCAUAUUUGCACUUUUUUUUAUGAAAAUAUCCCUAGAUUUGUCAUGUAAAAUCCUUCGGGUAGAUAACAAGAGUAAACGUUUUAUUUUUAAUACAAUAAAAUCCAUUGAAUACAAUUUAUUUUAUAAAAUACAUUAUUUUUAAAUAAAAUAAAAUAUUUUGUAUAAAAAAAAAGUGAAAAAAAUACAGUGGCCUUUUCCGGGUUCAAACCCAUUGACGUAAGUUUUCCACGAGCACUAUGACCAUUACGCCACCACAUAAUUUUAAUUGGACUCUUGAGUAUAUCCAAAUUUGCAAAAUACGCUUUCCUGAAAGGUAAUAAUUUUUCAUAAUUUUCUGUAUUUUCCUAAUUAUUUUUAAAACUACUAAAAUACAACUCACCGCCUAAAUUAAAAAUACAACAAAAGAAAUUGUCUGUUGUUUUUCUAUUGGAGUAAUAAUUUUGUGCAGAAAACAUCGUACGUAAAUAUGUAAAAUAAUGAAAUCGUACAAUGUAAAUUUAUUUGUUUUGUCCGGUUUUUCAAAUUAUUAUGAAAACUUGGAAUACCGAUUUUAUUGUUUUAAAUUUUUCAAAACUUUAUUUUCUACUAGAGAUAUUAAUUUAAUCAAAACACAAUCUUUUUUUUUUUUAAAUUUUGGACCUAGGUACUCACGAUAAAGUAGUUUUUAUAAAAAUUUGAGAAAUUGAGAAAAAAAAAGACGAAAAAUGAAAACGAAUAAAUUACGUUGUAUGAUUUCAUUAUUUUAAACUUUUUAAGUGAAACUUCUUAUCAGAGAGUACGAAAAAAAAAGAUUAUCACGCAUCAUAGUCGGCGUCAUAGUCGAUCGUCGGUCGUAGGCCCGGUCGCCGUGAUCACAUCAUCAGCUGUUAAUACACUCACACACACUAUUGACACUACGAGUGAAUGCAAUCAGUGAACCAUCCUGAGAAACUUUUAAUAUAUAAUGCAAGCCAAACCCCUCUUUCAGAAUUUGUCUUUUAUAUCUAUGAAUAUCCUCGAUAUAUUCUGGUCAUAUAAAAUUUUAACUUUUUAUAGGUUAUCAAGGUCACUCCCCUGAUUUCGAAAAUAUAUACAUUACUUAUGUGAAUGCAGAUAAUAACGUAUCAUGAGUAAAUUAAGUCUGUCGGGAUUAAAAUCCAAGAAUUUGGAUUUUCGAACUAUCCGAAAUAUAGAUUUUUCCCACCACUAACACACAUACACAUAAUGUAAAUAAAAAUGUCACGACUAUUUCAGUUAUCACAAGCACAUUAUAUCUUUCGUGGCAAUGGAAUAAGAAAAUUAAUAAUAACAAUAACAAAUUAAAUUAAUUUCAAUUGGAUUUUAUUUUAUUCCAAUACAAAUCUAAUUUUCAUUCUAUCAGCUGAAUAACUCUGAAAGGAGUUUCACUUCAUCGGCACGUACUCAUUACACGUACAAUUGUGUAUGGUUUAUAUUUUUUACAAGAAAUAUUGCUCCAAUAAAAAAACGAGAAAAGAUAUUUUUUGUUGAAUUUUUAAUCUAGUUGGUGAAAAAGAAAGUCGUUUUAUGAUUUUUAUAAUAAAACAAUAAAACCAAAAUGUUUUUACUUUACAAAUAUUCUCGUCAUUUUAUUGUAAAUUUCAUUAUUUAUAAAUUAAACUAUUUUGCAUUCUGAGUGGAGUGAGAUAAAUAGAUAAUGUAUUGAUUUUAUUGUAAUAUGUGUAAAUUGAGUAGAUAUUUUGGUAGAUACUACAUAUUAAAACCUCAUGGUUUUAGUUUGUUUAAACAACUAAACUAACGUUUUACUAAAGGUUAGAUAAUACAAUAUAUAUUAUUAAUUAAUUAAUAUAAUUAAAAUAUGCAUAUUUGUUGUUAUUAAAUUUUUAUUUUUGUAUUAUUAUUAUUACAGAGGUACAACAAAGUAAGUACCGUUUUUAAAUUUAUUUUAGAUUCGGAAUGUAUGGGGGAAUAUUUGCAUUUCAUACUACAGUAAAUAACCCAUUUAGAUCAAUGGAUUGUACUAUUACUUUAAUAAAAAAGUUGCAUGCAUUUAUGGCAUUUGUAUAGUUUUUUUUUUUAUAUACUUUAAAAAUGGUCCCAUAGACAUUUCAUCAAUAUUGGUUUGGUAGUUUGGUUUUUAUAUCGAAAAAUGUAAUCAACUUCAAAAAAAAAAAUAAUAAUAAAAAUACAAAAGUCACUACACUAAAAAACAAAAAAAAAAACCUAUUAUUUAUAAUUUUAAUAAAAUUAUAUUAUCAUUGGUAUACGCGAUACCUUCUGAUCGGUUUGAGGUCGGUGCCAAGUCCGAAACAAAAUAAAACUUAAAGAUAAAAUAUAAUAAUACAGCUUUAAUCAAUACCAAUAAUGAGUUACUGAUAUAUUAGAGUUAUAUUCCGGUAUGUUUCACCGACCUCAAAUCGAUCUGUAGGUAGCACAUACUAAUAAUAAUAUAAUUAUAGGUUCUAGGUUUUAGUUCUUGAUUUUUAGUGUAGUAACUUUUUGAGUUUUUGUUUAUUUUUUUGGGGUCAGUUGAAUUUUUUUUAAGUUUUAUUACAUAUUAUGUUAGUAUACAAGAUGUCCAACCGUGUUCACUGGAUUUAUGUAGACCUGUUAAAUUGUAUCUGUUCAUUUUUUUAAAUUUUCAAAAUAGUCGAGUUGUAGUAAUAUCAAAAUACACAUUUUUGUUAUUAUUAUUUAUUACUAUUAUUUUUAUUAUCAUUUUUUUUUUUUAUGGAAUACAAUUUUAUUAGAAUUCCUUUUCGGUCAUCGAUUACUCAAAAUAUUGAAGACAACAGUUCACACGUAAAAAAUACUUUUACUCUAAUUUCAAGUGAUAUCGACUUAGCUUUAACAAUGACUAGCCAAUCUGAUAUUUCUAAUAAAAAAGUGUUGGUUACGUCAUCUCCUAACAGUGAAAUGCCAUCAUCUUCCUCUUCGUUUAUUAAAAAUUCAGUUACUAGUUUAUCACCGAUCAAAAUGAUCAAUAAAGAGCAUAGUGGGAAGAAAAAAACGAUUCUAUGGAAAUUAGUAUAACUGGUAGAAGAAUUGUUAAUAUAUCUCAUUUAACGAAAUUUAACUAAAGACAUAGACAAGCACGAAGUAUUGGAUUGUGUUUUCAAAGAUAUUAUUUUAAUUGAAAAAAAAAAUUGGAUUUAAGUAUAUGUUCCAUUUUAAAUGUUCGAUGUGUUAUAUUGAAAAAUAUAGUUCAACAUUUCCAUGGAAAUACCGACGGUUAAUCAAAAACGUAUAGUAUUAAACAUAACCUUGUUUAUAAAGGUUAUGCAAUUAGAACAAUGGAAAAAGCAGCCAAAGUUGAGGCAGAAUUAGCGAUAAAAGGAGAUAUUAACAUCGAUGGAACACCGUUGGUGACAGUAGUAGCAGAUGGAACUUGGCGCAAAUUUAAAAUUAAAAUUUUAGAUUCUGAGUGAAGCAAAAAAGCUUAUGGUUUUAAAAAAAAUUUUAUUUUUUUUUUUAUCUGCGCAACUCUUCUACCAGAAAUCUUGCUCCGAUUUUUAAGUACACCUUUUCUAAAAAAAAUUAGCGUAGGGAGGUUACCCUACUACUAUUGAAACUUUUAUUUUAAGGUUUUUUAACACGAAAUUUAUAGUAACGCACAAAUAAAUCAUUCUAAAAUCAAUACGGUUUUCGUCACUCAUGCGUGAUUAUUUAUAAUCCUACCAUAAAUUGCAGCUUACUUAAUUUGUCUAUGUUAAAAAAUUUAGUAGUUAUGCAAAUGCAUAUUUUAUUCAACUCAGUACGUCUAUAUAUUACUAUUAUUCUUCAUAAGGAGCAACUAUAGGCAACCUAACAAAAUAUUAUAUUAAUAUACCAAUAGGACGCUAGAGUACGUUUCUAUUCAAAGUGGUUUUUAAAAUUCCGUAAUUUGACGGCCCGGUGUAUUACUUUAUAUUAUUUUACGUUCUGAAGUUUUAUGGUAUGGAGGUUUCCGUCUAAUUACGAUCCGUCAAAUAACUGUUCAAGAUUUUUUUAAAUUCCGUUCCGUGAAGUCCCGUUUCGUAUAUUACGACCUGUCCUAUUUUCAUACUACGACAGCCAACAAAAUUCUGUAUGACAGUUGAGCAUUUUCCAAAUUUUGACGGCUGACGUAAUUAGAAAUUCAGUGAAUUUGCUUUCCGUAAGAUUACAAUUUUGACGUUCCGGGACAUUAUGGUUUGGCCAUUUACGUACUGUAAUAUUGUUUUCCGUUUGAUUAUUUUCCGCGAUUUUACAUACAUCCCUCCCAUAAUACCUCUACCUGCCGUAGAGACAAAAAAUGUCAUUUCAUCAGAUAUAGACAGCCGGUGUAAUAUCCUAGGAAAACUCAGAGGUCGAUCCCAAGUCAAUUAAAGUUGGCCACCCCUGGUGUACGUUAUAGUUCGUACACUGAUGAACCCCACACACUUUCGGUUUUAGCAACCUUAUACGAUGUACAGUAUAGUCCGGAUAGUUUUAUCCAUGUAUCGAAAUGUCCAGUAAAUAUAAAUCCUCGUCGAGUUGUUAUAAUAGUAUAAUUAAAAAAUAUAAUGUGUCAUAAAAUGUAGUGUUAAAAUAUAUAUUAUAUAUAUUUGAAACAAAUUAUUUUAUUAAUAUUUAAAUAUAAUUUACAAAUAAAGCGUUAAUUUAUUGUCAUAUCACUAAAAACUAAAAAUAUCAUAUAAUUUUAUGCUUCGAUCACGGAGUGGCCACAUACCUUUCGUAUCGCUAUUAAAAAUAGCAUAUACAGAAGCAAAAUCAAACUGCUCAGACUUUUUCAGUCACCGUGUAUAGUUGACGGGACAAGACGAGAAAUGGCAAUAAGCGGUGACGGAAUAAAUAAAGUUGAGAAUUUUAAGUAUCUUUAAUCUUUUGUACAAAAGAAAAUUGGCUUUUAAAAGCAUGUGAGAAAUAGGAAUAAGUGCGUUUCGAUUCAGUAAAGUAAAGCAUCAGGUGUUUUGCGACAAGAAAAUGUCAACAAAACUUGAAAAAGUGUAGUUAUUUAUAAUAUAUUUAAUUUAUCAAUUAUCUGUAAUAAACUAUUAAACUAAGAAAUGCAAUUUUUUUUAAAAUUAAUCUAAAUCGUAAGUUUAUUAAUCUUAACACAAUAAUUGUAAUUGUUGUGUACCGCAUAUUAAUUUUUUUUUUUAAUUUUUUAAGACUAAAUUAAUUGCACCUGUAUAUAUUUAUUUAUUUCUUCAUCUUGUUAUUUUUAUUUGCCAGAAUGUAUCGGUAAGUGUAAAUACAAGUCAAUAAUAUGCGAAAAAAGAACCAAUAUAUAUGAGUAUAUUUCAAAAAAUAUUUAUAUGAUUUAUUAUUUUGUUAUUGCUUAAUCCAAUGGCCACGGCCACAUGUUAACAAAAUUUACAUGUCGUUGGUCAAUUAAGGUAGUCACUAUUUUAAAUAGAUACCUAUUUAUAAAAAGGUAUUUAUUUAAAAUAAUUAAUAAUACAUAUAAAUAUCUUAAGGGUCAACAAGUUAUCUGAUAAUGUUUCAAUUGAUUAAGGCGGUAUAAAAUAAUUAAUUUUAAAUUUUUCAAAUUUUCCAAAUAAUUAACAUUGUCGAGUUCGAAACUGACAAGCAUAGACCAAAUAUAUAUAUAUGUAUAAUAUUCUUUUCUCCUGCUUUAUCUAAACCCAUCGUAAUUUUUUUAUCUACUGAGUUUUAGUUUUACACUUGGAAUACUAAUUUCUUUGAGACAUUAUUAAAUUCAAACUAACAGAUAGUUAAUGUUUUCCCAUUUUUCCUCUGCUGUCUCUAAACCCGUAAUAUCUAUAUAUUGUCUUGGUAGAUAGUAGUUGGUUUAGGUUUCACUUAAAAUAUUAUUUUAGACUAAGUCUUAUGUUAGUCACCCUAAGUUCAUUUUUCAGUCCAAUCAUUUUAGUAACCGCGUAAAUAAUAUUAAUAGUGGUUUUCUUGCACAGAGUUUGUGAAGUGUUUAUGUUGGAAUACUUAUAAUAUACUAAUUAUAUUAUUAUGAGUAUAAUAAUAUUAAUACACAAAUAAUAAUAAUAUUAAUAAUAGCACAAAUAAAAAUACAAAUAACAUAAGUGAUAUCCCAAAAAAAAUACAAUAUAAACUCUGUGUAAAAAACGGCUCAGCAUACAAAAAACUAGGCUCUAUAGGUUGUGAUUUAUUUUUAGAUAAUUUUUAUGUUUAUUUUUGGCUAUUGUAUGUAAAUAUCCAAAAUAAAAAAUGUUUAAACUGUUUUUAAUAAUUAAUAAUAUUAUAAAACCUAUAUAUUUUUUGCGUUAAUUUUUAAUCAAUAAUUUACAUAAUAUUAUUCUUUGUCAAAAUGAUUUUUAAUAUACAGAUAGUAUGAAUAAAAAUGGAUUGUCCUGUAAGUAGUUUUAAAUUACUUAGGCAUAUAUAUUUUAUAUUAAAAGAAUAUAUAUAAAUAUAAAAUAGUAAUAUGCCCUUUGAAUAUCAUAGUUUGUCAAAAAAUAGUGCGACUUGAAUGACAAUUGUAAAUACUAUGGUUUUAUAACAUGCAUAUUAGUUUUAAUUGUAGAAAUAACAAUAAUUUGUUAUUUAAAAACUAAUUUAGGUAUUUUCAAUUGUUUUAUCUCAAAUUUUUCUUUUUAUUUAAAUUGAAAACAACUUGCUCGAUAUCAAUUUUAUACAAAUUUAAAACCCACUAUGAGUCAAUGGAAUACGUAGAAACUCAUUUUGGUGCAAAUAACAAACACUGUUUUCAACUAUCUACUGCUGUACAAAUUACAUACUCUUCUUUUAGUGCGAAUUUGGACGAGAUUGUUAUUUUUUGAAGUUGAUACCUGUAUCUCGAUUUUUUAACAAUUUUCAUUUUUUCUUUUUCUUUUUAAUUUUCUACGGCAAAUUAAGUUAACUUUGUGUCAGAAUACUCAAGUUUUAAUUACAGUCGAUUAUUUACAAUUUGAUUACCUUUUAUACUUUAUUCAAAAUAAGAAUACACCUCACGAAUAUAUUCCCACUAUUGGCAACUGGCAUUCGGCCUUCACCACCCACCCAUUAUAAUGGAAGUGGAGGUGUAUGUGGAUUCUUAUUCUGAAUAAAGUACAGUUUAAUUGUGUUAUUUUCCUAGUAGAAAUAAAGUAGGAGAAGGAAGAAUAGUGGAAAUAACAUUUUUUUUUUUUUUUUAGUACGUAGCAUUUAUGCAGCCUUUAACCGUAUUUAUUAUAAUUUGUGUAAGUAAAUUAAAUCUUAUAAUCUUUUAGUUUCUAUCAUUGCUUUUUUAAAUUAUUAUUUCUCCACUAGUAUUUAAAUAUAAAAUAAAAAUAAUGAUUAAUAAUAACUAUUACAAAUUAUAACCAAUAAUCAGUGAUUAUACAUAAUAUGUUAUUUACUCUUUUAGCACUUGAUACAGUAAAAGAAAGUGAGUAUUUUAUUUCUGUAUGAGGAAUAUAUUUUCCUAAGUUCUUAUAUUUCCCUUAAACAGAAUAUUUAAGUAGGAUAAGGAUGGAUAAAAAAGGGGCCUAGGGCCCCAGUUAUAUUUUUUUUUAAAUAUAUCCCUAUAUUACUAUAGUUCAAUCACAGAUAUGUACGAGGUUUGGCUAUUAAAUAACGAGACUACGCGCGCAGAGAGUGUCUCAAAAAGGUUAGGAGAAAACCGAAUACAGCGCUGGUUAGCUGGAAGUGUCUAUUAUGCCAGUACAAAAUCGGGUUUUUGUUGGUGCAUCAGUAUUUUUUCUGUAGCGUUUAGAAACGAACGUGUUUUUUUCUCUUGCCAAAAACGAUGUGUGACGAAAAACAUGAGCAAUGGAUAAACGUAAAAUUUUCUCGUUUAACUAAAAAAUACUCCAACUGAGUGCUAUAAGUUGUUAAAAGAGGCCUAUAGUGAGGAUUACCUAUCUCAGGCGCGUGUUUUUGAGUGGCAUAAAUUAUUUUCUGAAGGUCGAAAGUGCACCGGAAUCCAAUUCAGUCGUAAUCCAAAUUCAAAACCAUGCUGAUCGUUUUCUUCGAUAUCAACGGCAUCAUGAUGACUGAAUGGGUUCCAGAGGGUCAAANUGUGGAAAAACAAGUCGUGGAUCUUGCACCAGGAUAACGCACCUGUCCAUAACGCGCUGUCUGUGAAGCGUUAUUUGGCCGCUUAAGACACUCCAGUACUCGAAAACCGACUUACUCACCCGACUUGGCACCCUGCGACUUUUACUUGUUUCCAAAGAUAAAGUCUGCCUUAAAAGGAAUCCGGUUUGAGUCGAUAGAAGAGGUGAAACAAAAAUCGGCGGAACUCCUGAAUGGUCUUACGAAAACAGACUUCCAGCAUUGCCUCGAGAAAUGGAAGAAACGAAUGAAAUGGUGUGUGGCGAGGGGAGGGGAGUAUAUUGAAGGGGAGCAUUUGAAUGUAGAAUAACUUUUAUAAUAAAACACUUUUUCGUAACCAGUCUCGUUAUUUAAUAGCCAGAACUCGUAUGAUAAUAUAAUGUAUCAUAUUAUAUUGUAAUUGUAUUUGUAUUGUAAAAACCUUGUUGGGGCAUCCCAGAUCUUUGCUCUGAGAUAAGAUUUACAAUUGUUAGAAGGUGACCUAAAACUAAAUUUUCUCUCAUAUUUAUUUAUAUCACAUUAUUCAGUUCACACUUGUGCAUUAUUCGUAGCAAUUUUAAUUUUAAAAAAAGAACUGAUAUUGGGAAUGUGAGCGGCCACUGUUGUAGAUGAAAAGUUGAGAAGGUAGAAUACAUAAAAUUAUUUUAUUUACAUCUGUAAGCAAUGAUAAACCAUAGCUUGACAAAAGACGAUUCCGAGUUCAAAAAUAUAAAAUUUUAAAUGCUGUAAUUUUUUUGUCAAUUUUGUUUAAAUUUGAUUUCAAAACGCUUAUUAAAAAAAAAAGUUACCCAAUGAUUUUGGAAAUUUUACCACGUCUAGGGUAGUCCAAAGUACGUAUUAUUACCAAGUUUCAAAUCUCUACGUGUAUUUAUAACUGAAUUACAACAAAAAAACUCUCAAAAAUUUAAAUUCCUUAAAUGCUCAAAAGUUUCUGCGAUGAUAUAGUAAGAAAGUAAACCAAUGAGGUAACCAAAAAAGUGUCUUGUGAUUUUGCGAUUAAAUCAUUUUUUCUGGUAGAAAACGUCGUCCAUGUUUUUAUAAAAUAAUGAAAUUGUACGUUUUCCUACAUUUUUUUCCCCUUAAGUGCUUUUAUUUAAAAAAUGGCAUGAAAAAUCAAAAUAUGACCUUUAUAAAGUACUAUCUAGACAACUUGAGCUUUCAUAAAAGUUACUAUGCAUAAAAAUCGAAGCAAGUUUACUAAAAAACAUGUCUACAGACUAGAAAAAAAAAAUAAACGUUUUAGUAAAACAAUAGCUCCCUCGCUACACUCUAGAAUCUAAAACAUAAAAGUGCAGGAAACUUAUAUUUUGUAAACAAUUUUAAAUUUUAAAAUUUAAAACCAGAAAUUCCCGAAUUUGUCACAAUACGACCAAAUUGGAAUUUUUUUUUCUAAAUUUUGAGAUAUUCAUAUUAAAAAUUUCCAUCACAGUGACAUAUACUUUUAAUUCCAAUUCAUUAUACACACACGUAAAUGAUAAAAACUAAAUUAAUAAAUAUCAACAAAUAAUUUGUUAAAAUAUAUUGUAAUAUGUAUACGUUUAUAUAAUAUAAUGUAAAUCGUUUUUUUUUUUUAAAAAACAAUUUAUUAAUUAGAAUACAAUUUUAUAAACACCUAAUACUCUAAUUAUAAUUGACAAAACAAAAUAAAAGUACAGCAAUAAUAAUGGUAACUCAAAGUUUGAAAAACUCUUAUAUAUAUCACUUUUGGUAUAAAUUAUAAAAUUAAAUGCUGAUUUAAUUUAUUUAAUUUAUUUUUCAGUUUACAUCCAACACUAUAUUAAAUAUGUGGUGAUGAAUGUUUUAGUAGAUGGUAAUUAUAAAGUUAAGAUAUUAUGAAAAAAGAAUACAUCAUAUUCGAGGAGCGAUGCUAAUCUAAACUAACCAAAUUUAAAUAUAUUAUUAUUAUUAUUAUUUUUUUUUUUUUUUAUUAAAUUAAAUACUAAAAAAGCCGUCAUAUUUUUUCAUCAUAACUGUUGAAGGUUGAGAUUUGGAUAGGUAGGAUAUAUACGCUGUGAGCUCAUAGGCUAUAGCCUCUAAAUACGACCCUACCUAGAACACUUAUUUAGAUUCUGAGCAUUUAAAUAACAGUUAAGUAACAGUUUGGUGAAAUAUUUAAAAUAUAUUCUAUUAAUGUAUUGGUUUUUAUUUAUGUAAAUAAUUAAUAAUUAGACUUCAACAUAGAACUUGUAUUGUUCAUUUUUUGCGCUGAUCUUCUCAUUUCUACUAACUUAUUAAUUUCGGUUAACUAAUAGUUCUAAAAUACUCUUUUUAUUAAUUAUUUGUAAUUUAAAAUUUGAGCAACUUGUUUCUUAAAUUGUUAAAAAAAAAAAAAACAAAAAAUUUAAUACUUUUAGAGUUAUUGAAUUGAGUGUACUGAGUGGGUACCUACUUAAAUAGAUCAACCCGUAAGCUAAAACCUACAAAAUGAUUUCAUAAAUAUCCCAAAAUGAAUAAAGAAAUACAAAAAAAAUGUCUUUAAAAAAAAAUUACUAAAAUUAAUGAACUAAUAAUUAUUGAUUUUUAUCGUAUGUAGACAAAAAACUGAUUAAAGGUACGGACGCUGUAUCAUGGUGUACCUUCAAGAACAAUCCUUCCAUGUUUGAUAAUAUUUCUCAGAAUCAAACUAAAAAUGCUACAGAAACAUCUGAGAAAUCAAAAGAAAUAUUAAAAGACGUAUCAAAAGAAAUAUUAAAAGACGUAUCAAAAGAAAUAUUAAAAGACGCAUCAAAAGAAACACCAGUAAAAAAAUCAUCCGUAGAAAUACCAUUAAAUUUAUCAACAGAAAAAAAUACAGUAAAAGAUUCACAAGAAGAAACACCAUUAAGACCAUCAGUAUCAGAACCAGUUAUUUCACAAAUUAAAAAUCUAUCUGCAGAUGAAAGAAAAAAGAUGUAUUUUGGUUCAAUUCAGAAAAAUACGCCUAUCGAACCCAAUGAAGAUCAAAGUAAAUCAAGGUUCCAAUUUUUAAAAAAUCCCCUAGAAAUUGUAAAAGAAGUGGAACGUAAAUUACAACAACCUAGUAAAUAUUAUUCUGAUUUUAUGGCUAAUCCUAUUGAAACCGCAAAAAAUACUUUCUUAAGAUUUACAACAUUUCAAGAUGACUUUGUUAAUGAUGAUAAAUUUUAA